CACCGGGAGAGGGCGGUACAGCUCUGAUCCCGGAGGCCCCACUCAGGAGAGUUUCCUUCCAGAGGUUGCCCACAUCCAGAGGCACAAAGACAGGAGCAUGGGCUACCGGGUGCAACACAAGCCCAUCUCUGAACGAUGAAGAGAACUUAAAAGUGUUUGGGAAAUGCAACAAUCCGAAUGGCCACGGGCACAACUAUAAAGUUGUGGUGACAGUGCAUGGAGAGAUUGAUCCUGUUACAGGAAUGGUUAUGAAUUUGACCGACCUCAAAGAAUACAUGGAGGAGGCCAUCAUGAAGCCCCUUGAUCACAAGAACCUGGAUCUUGAUGUGCCAUACUUUGCAGAUGUUGUAAGCACGACAGAAAAUGUAGCUGUCUACAUCUGGGAAAACCUCCAGAAACUUCUUCCAGUGGGAGCUCUUUAUAAAGUAAAAGUGUAUGAAACUGACAACAACAUCGUAGUCUAUAAAGGAGAAUAGAUCUUAGGUUUGCUAUUGUAGACAGGCUCAUUUCUUUUCACACUUGAAAAAGCUUUGUCUUUCUAGAGUACACAGCAAUCAUCACAUACUUGUGUCUCCAUGUUGUGUUCUAGAGUACUUGAGCAUUAAAGUAAUGUAAGGUCUGUAUUUAAAUGUAUUUAAGAAUCAAACUUGCAGUGUAUCCUGUGGUUUUGGUGAGAAAGUAGAGGAGGAUUGAGGAUUGACACCAGGGCCUCACACACAUGAAGGAUAGACUCUACUUCUGAAGUGCAUUCCAGUCCCUUCAAGGCUAUUUAGAAGGUCUUUCAUCUAGAGAUUUAAACUUAUUUCAUCUUGGGCUGGUGUGAUGGCUCAGUGGUUAAGAACACUGACUGUUCUUCCAGAGGUCCUGAGUUCAAUUCCCAGAAACAACAUGAUGGCUCACAACCAUCUAUAAAGGGAUCUGAUGCCCUCUUCUGGCUUGUAGGUGUACAUGCAGACAAAGCAUUCCUACAUUUAAAAAAUACAUAAAUUUAAAAAAUAAUUUCAUUUGAGUAAAAUAUUUUCAUGUGAAAUUAUGCAAAGGUAAAAUAAACCCAUUUUUGUUAUCUA